GCUUUGGCGCCAUCUUUUAUAUAGCUUUCCUGAACUUGUAAAAAAUUGUUGCGCAAUGUCUUACAAAGUAGAGGUUGUGCCUGGUCUUGAGAAAGUUGCAAAAACAGUCGGUGAAGGUCCACAUUGGGAUGAUGCCUCACAGACUCUCAUGUUUGUAGACAUUAUGGAGGGAACAAUUAUUUGGUGGGACUAUAAAACUGGUGCAAUUGUGAACAGAUAUAAGACAGAUGAGGGUCCAGUUACAUUGGUUGUCCCUCGACGAUCUGGUGGUUAUGUGAUCAGUACAGGUCGUAAACUGAACCAUCUACAAGCUGAUAGAACCACUGUUACUCCACUAGCUGAGGAAGUGGAUCAGGGUACACAAAACAGGUUCAAUGAUGGAAAAUGUGACCCCAAAGGAAGACUAUGGGCAGGUACAAUGGGUCAUGAACCAGUGCCCACUCAACUUGAGCUAGAGAUGGGCAGCUUGUAUAGACUAGACUUAGAGGGGCAGUUGACUAAAUGGGUAGAGAAAGUCUCAAUUUCUAAUGGUCUAGCAUGGGAUCUAGAGAAAAGCACCAUGUACUACAUAGACUCCAUUCCGAAAGUUGUAUAUGCUUUUGAUUAUGACAACAAAACGGGUGACAUAAGUAACCGUCGUACAGCGAUAGAUUACUCUAAAUGUUUGGAGUCAGGAGAUCCAAAGGAACUAGGGGUGCCAGAUGGCAUGUGUAUUGACACAGAAGGAAAGCUCUGGGUUGCUUGUUUCUUUGGGGCAAGAGUCAUUAGAUUUGAUCCCCAAACAGGAAAGAUGCUUCAAACCAUUCCAAUCCCUGCUGCAAGGGUGACAUCUUGCUGCUUCGGGGGCCCAAAUAUGGACAUACUUUAUGUGACAUGCUCAGCCUUUCAAGUAGAUGAGAAUGAAUGGAAAAAAUAUCCGUCAACUGGCUCUGUGUUCCAAGUGACAGGAUUGGGUGUGAAGGGGUGUACAGCUAAUGUUUAUGAAGGAUAAAUGAAAUGAACCUGUGAUAUACAAUAUAUGACUGAACUGAUGCAUGACUGAUGCAAUAAUAAC